AUGAGCACGAAAGACCAAGGGUCGCCUAAUGGCACGCCCAAGAGCGAAGAACAUCAAGAAACACCAUACUGGAGCUCGGCGUUGAGCUCGAUCGGAAUAUGGAAUGGCGCCAAGCCAUCCUUGGGGACUCAAACUGGAAAAGAGGCCGCGGGAGAAGCGAAUGCGCCCAAACCCACUACCGCAACCGACCACAUCACCACCCCAUUCCACGGGCAAAGCGUCCGAAGCUACCCCCAACACUGUCCGCCCCUCAAAGUCCAAUGGUUCCACGCCGUUGACGUUCCGAAGAGGACCACGUUGCCGCCGUUUGAGGUAAAAGAUUCCAGCGCAACCAAAGCGCCUGCAAAGCCCAAGAAAUUUUCCGCAUUCUCCACAGAAGACUCCAGGAGAAUCGAAGCUCGGUACCAAAGCCUCCUCGAAUCCGACGAGGAGCUACGCAGUAGGAAUGGACGCAAGGAGCACAAAUCGCAGUGCAGUACCAGUGACCCCACGCCCAAGAACACCCACGUGCCAGUGAAUGAAGAUUUCUUGUUCGAUGUCAGCAUUCAACGGCGGGAGCUUUGCCCAGUAUACUGGCUUGGUCCCGUUUACGAGGUUCGCCGGGGGACUUGGUUUUUCCAGGAUAGCUCUAAUUUGAGGCCAUGCGAAGAGAAUCUUGCUGCGCAGUUGGAAGAAGGUUAUUUGAAAACGAAGGCAUGGGUCGAACCAGACACGAAUCCCGACCUGAAGCAGGAUAGUGCUAGCAUCUCCGCGAUGGGGAAUGAGGACUUGGUCGUGGCUGCAACCAAAAGUAAACUGGAAACCGAGGCAAAACAGACCAAGCUGAAAUCGUACCGCCUCUUUGGAGCCUACAUGAACAAUACUGUCACGUAUGAAGAUGGAAGCACUGCUUGGCUGGUUUCGGAUGGCGUCUUGUCGUGGGUAGCGACGUCCGUUUACGAGCGCUUCGCAGGAGGCGGCCACAUGAGUGGUGUCAAGCUGGUCAGAGGUUAUUCAGACCAGAGCAAAGCCAAAGAAAAGGAAAAGGGCGAAAAGAAGAAAUCGACAGCUGACAAUGACGAUAGAAUAGUGCCGGAAAGCAUGCCAUCAAACGUAGAUGCGGCCGCGAGCGGUAAAUCAUACGCCGUGGGGAAGGCGCCUCUGACCAGUGAGGCCAUGCUACAGAGUAGACUCUCCACUAUCAUAGAGAGUGAAGACCGUCGCACAGCAACAGGCGAGAAUGAAGUGCGAAAGCUCAGCGAAGAAGAGAUGCGCCAUGACUACCUUACUCAAAAUGGCGAAUCGCAGAAUCGAGAUAUCGAGCACCUAGUGCUCGUCACGCAUGGAAUCGGGCAGCGACUGGGCCUAAGGACGCAGAGUGUCAACUUUAUCCAUGACGUCAAUGUCUUGCGCAAGACCCUGAAGGGUGUGUACACAAACUCACCAGACCUACGCUCUAUGAACAUGGACGAGGGCGACGGACCGGGAAAUUGUCGCAUGCAAGUUUUACCAGUUUGUUGGCGCCACAAAGUUGAAUUUCCCAGAGGAAGGAAAAGGAAAACGCAAGCCGACGAGAGGGAUGUUGCCGAAGCCUAUGAGGAGGAAGAAAAGUACCCGACACUAGAGGAUAUCACAAUAGACGGCGUUUCGUUUGCGCGAGCGCUUAUCUCUGACCUGGCUCUCGAUGUUCUUCUUUACCAGAGCUCGUACAGGGCCGAGAUUGCGCAAACCGUGAUUGAGGAGUCGAACCGCAUCGUUGCUUUAUUUCGGCAGCGGAACCCUGGAUUCAGAGGUAAAAUUCACCUUGUUGGCCACUCUCUAGGCUCUGCCAUCUUGUUCGACAUUCUUUGUCGUGAGAACAGGCAGCGUCGCGGUGGCUCAAGACCGAACCCACUACGUUUCUUGCCUCACCAUGAUCCCUCGCGAUUCGAGGCGGACGAUACGCUAGACUUUGAUGUGGAAGAUUUCUACUGCCUAGGGUCGCCGAUUGGCUUGUUCCAAAUGCUUACUGGCAGAACCAUCGCCGCGCGCCAGGCAGAGCGUGCUAUUCCCAAAGCAGGCUUGACCAGUACGAUAGACUCAGAAAACAUGGACAGUAGCUUUGUUGCUGAUUCCGGAUAUGCGACCUCCCGGCCGGAUGUACAGCAGCUCUUCAAUAUUUUCUAUCCCUCCGACCCAAUCAGUUACCGCUUAGAGCCUCUCAUUGCGCCCUUCAUGGCUUCUAUGAAACCACACAAUCUCCCAUAUACAAAGAAGGGCCUUUUCGGUGUGGUAGGAUCCCAAGGAUUUACUGGAAUCGGAACAAAAGUCGGCCAGAGCGUCAGCGGGCUCUUUGCCAGCUUAAGUACUGGAAUAUCGACGAAUCUGCUACCCGCCUCGCUCCGCAUUACCAGUGAGGAGGUUGAAGUUAUAAUGAAAGAGAAUGCAACCUCAGAAACAUCGGCUGUGUCGAUGCCAAAGGAAAAACAAGUGGAAGGGAGGGAGGUUGACAGCGAGAGUCGGAAUGUAGAUGAUGAGGAGGCACUAUUGGCAAACCAGAGCAGCCAAAUUGCUACAUUAUACUCACGAUUCCAGAUGAGCGAUGAGCGCAGCGAAGAAGCUUCCAAAGAUCCGAAUGGUGAGGGCAAAGACCGCAAGACCCACAAACAGCGCAUGGCUCAGAGGAAAGUCUGGGCACUGAAUCGUAAUGGACGCGUCGAUUUCAGUAUUCAGGAGGGAGCUCUCGAUUUCAGUCCCAUUAGCACAAUUGCCUCUCACAUUGGCUACUGGGGGGAGGAGGACCGGCCCUCCGAGAUCCGGCAAAUCAUCGAAGAUGCGGGCAUGUCGGUGGAAGAUGCGCCGGAGGACGGUGGAAGCGAUGCACCUAGACAGUCUUACAACUUUGCGCCCGGGCACUACGGAGCCGUGUACCGGGCCGAUACGCCGGAUCACGGUGCCGGACCAGCUCCGAACGGAGUAGCCGAUGCUGUCCAGGACCGGCACGACCAGAAGGCGAGCUACAAGCUGCAAACUAUGAAAUGGGGUCUGAUUCCAUCCUGGUCCAAGCGCAACCCCGACUAUGCUUCCAUGCUCAAGACUAUCAAUUGCCGCUCUGAUUCUCUGAGCACAGCGGGUGGGCUGUGGUCUACUAUGAAGGCGCGGAAGCGUUGCGUUGUCAUUGCGCAAGGAUUUUACGAGUGGCUCAAGACUGGGCCCAAGGACAAGUUGCCUCACUUUAUCAAAAGAGCAGAUGGCCAGCUGAUGUACUUUGCCGGCUUGUGGGACUGCGUGCAAUACGAAGACUCGGACGAAAAGCAUUACACCUUUACAAUCAUCACCACGGAUUCAAACAAGCAGCUGAAAUUUCUACACGACCGCAUGCCCGUUGUCCUAGAGCCCGGAUCUGAUGCCAUGUUAGAAUGGCUAGACCCCAACAAGUACGAGUGGUCGAGGCACUUGCAGUCAUUGCUACAGCCUUUUGCUGGCGAUGUGGAAGUGUACCCAGUGGACAAGGACGUAGAGAACGCGCGCACUGACAGUAAUAACACGACAUAUGGCGCGACAGUAAUUAUUUCGAACACGACAUAUGGCGCGGUGGCGAUACGUGGCAUCCAGCCGACGGACCUACUCGCCUGCUCCAACCGCAUGUAG